GGGAGCGCACGGCGCCUCAAAAUGUCCUCCAGUGGCACCCUCAGCAACUACUACGUGGACUCGCUCAUAGGCCAUGAGGGCGACGAGGUGUUCGCUGCGCGCUUUGGACCGCCGGGGCCCGGCGCGCAGGGCAGGCCCACAGGUGUGGCCGACAGCCCCGCCGCUGCCGCCGCCGAGUUUGCCUCGUGUAGUUUUGCCCCCAAAUCGGCCGUGUUCUCCGCCUCGUGGUCCGCGGUGCCCGCCCAGCCCCCGGCGGCGGCGGCGAUGAGCGGCCUCUACCACCCGUACGUGCCCCCGCCGCCCCUGGCCGCCGCCGCCUCCGAGCCCGGCCGCUACAUGCGCUCCUGGAUGGAGCCGCUGCCCGGUUUUCCGGGCAGCGCGGGCGGCGGCGGGAGCGGCGGCGGGGGUGGAGGUGGCCCGGGCCCUGGUCCCAGCCCCGGCCCCAGCGGCCCACCCAACGGGCGCCACUACGGGAUUAAGCCAGAAACCGGAGCGGCCCCGACCCCUGUUGCCGCCACCUCCACCUCCUCUUCCACUUCCACGUCUUCCUCCUCCAAACGGACUGAGUGCUCCGCGGCCCGGGAGUCCCAGGGGAGCGGCGGCCCCGAGUUCUCCUGCAACUCGUUCCUGCGGGACAAGGCGGCAGCGGCGGCUGGGGGAACGGGGCCCGGGGCAGGGAUCGGGUCCGGGUCCGGGGCAGGCGGCUCGUCGGAGCCCUCGGCUUGCAGCGACCACCCGAGCCCAGGCUGCCCACUGAAGGAGGAGGAGAAGCCGCAUCCGCAGCCGCCGCAGCAGCAACUUGACCCAAACAACCCUGCAGCAAACUGGAUCCACGCUCGCUCCACCCGGAAAAAGCGCUGUCCUUACACCAAAUACCAGACGCUUGAGCUGGAGAAGGAAUUCCUCUUUAACAUGUACCUCACCCGGGACCGGCGCUAUGAGGUGGCAAGGAUUCUGAACCUCACAGAGAGACAGGUCAAAAUCUGGUUCCAGAAUCGUAGAAUGAAAAUGAAAAAGAUGAGCAAGGAGAAAUGCCCCAAAGGAGACUGA